CAGUCGUCGCAGCGAGAACUUAACAUUCAUUUGGACUAUAAAAUGAAACUCCUGAUCCUGGCUGUGUGUGGCCUUGCGCUGGUGGCCGCUGAUGUCUCGCAUUUGUUUGAUCACGAUGAUCAUCACGAUCAUCCCGGCUACAACUAUGAGCCACCGAGUGUGCCCUUUGAGUUGCCCACACCUGGACCAUCCUAUCUGCCACCGGAACCCGUGACGGCUCGUGUGAUUGCUCCUGUGCCGUCUUACUUGCCACCGAUGCAGCCGGUGACGAAGCCAACGCCGAUUUACUUGCCUCCCCAGUCAUCGGUGAAGCCUGAGCUGCCUGUUGUCAGGACACCCAAGCCUUCGUAUCUGCCUCCACCACCGCCAGUUGUGAAGGUUGUGACGCCCAAGCCUUCGUAUCUGCCACCCCCACCGCCGGCUGUGAAGGUUGUGACGCCAAAGCCUUCGUAUCUGCCUCCACCACCGCCGGCUGUGAAGGUUGUGAAGCCAAAGCCCUCGUAUCUGCCUCCACCACCGCCGGCUGUGAAGGUUGUGACGCCAAAGCCCUCGUAUCUGCCUCCCCCACCGCCGGCUGUGAAAGUUGUGCCUCCUCCUAAGCCCUCCUAUCUGCCACCUGCAGCUCCCAUUGUGAAAGUUGUGCCACCCAAGCCCGCCUAUCUGCCUCCCCCAGUGGCACCCGUGGUAGAGCAGCCAGAGCCGGAGUAUCUGCCGCCCUCGAAGCCGACCUUCAAGAUCCCAAUCCCCUCCUAUGCCGCGCCGCUGGAGGAGCCCGUGAACAGCUAUCUACCGCCCCAGGAGAUUGUGGAGCCGCACAGCGAGGAUGGCUAUCACUAUGAUGCCCCGGCACAGCCUUUCCUCUUCUAAGAUAUCCACAGAAACCCCUCCCAAUCCUUAGCCAUUUUAUUGUUGUCUGCCAGUGUCCAACGUGUAUAUACUAUAGUUAUUUAUUAAGUUUUGUAAACGAAUAAACCCCUAACACA